AUGGCUCAGGACAACGCCUUUCCCGUCUUUCCCACAAAGCGCUCUGUCGCUGCUGCUGCCGCUGCCCACCAGCACCAGAGGCCACCACGCGAUGCAUCCGGUCCUCGCGACCAUCCACCCACCGCGAAUGCCAGUCCGAAUCUGAGGCCGCCAAACACCCAGUACGAUCCUCCACAACCAUCCAACCCCUCCUACCCAAGACCAUCGACAGCCGACGCUCCUCGCCCUCCACCACACUCGCGUUUCCAAGACCCUCCGAAUCCUACAACAUCCUUCCACCCUCUUCCACAACCUCCACCGCAACCACAUCACCCACCACAGACUCGCCUACAAGACCCAAGGUCUGCCAGUCGAGAUGCUCGUCCACAGACUCGAGACCAGCGCCAGCCCUACCGAAGUCCUCCACAACAGCCUCCAGCACAGCUUGCUCCCCUGCCCACCUUCAGCCCGCCUUAUUCGGCGUCUUCUCGUCCUUCGACAAGCGAUUCUGCCAAUGGCCGCGAACGCCCCUUCCUGGCGCCUCUUGAUACCCACGUCGCUCCCGAUCCUCAUAGUGUCGAGUCACCCCUGUUGAGCAGUGUGACCGCUCGCCAUCGUCCGGCCAUCGUUCCCGUGGUCCACGCUCCUUACGAAGCACGUAUCUCGCAAGCGGCCCACCUCUCCAAUGCUUCGGCCUAUCAGGACGACUUUGCUCAUCCUCAACAGCCCUGGAACCCCCAUGCGGACAAGCACGAGAGUCUGGGAGGCGUCUACGAUGAUUAUUACCAAGAGCCUCCUCGGCCCAUGAAUCGGGAGGACGAGAUCGAAGCUGCCAUGCCCGAUUUUGAUAGACCUAACGCGCAUAAGCGUCAGCCCACUAUCGACGAACAUCUGAACAACAUGCACUUGAACGGUCCUGCUCAGUCUGCUCAACCUCCGGCAGGCUACCAGACUGCCUCCAGCAAGCUCAAAUCUGCCAAAUCUCAACCAGAUCUGCGCCAACGUACCCCUGUUCACGACGAGGUUAAUGCCUUUGACUUCGGCUUCCAGGGCCAGCAGCUGACACAGUCCCCUGAGCCUCACAAUCCCACUCGUCUCCCGCAGCACCCUGCACAAGCUCUGUACCACCACACUCAGUCUCACCGGGAGCAGCCAUGGGAUCGCACUCAGGGCGAUCAACACUCUACUUCUGCUAGACCCCCACAGCCUCCACAGCAUGAUCACACUUACCGCCACCAGUCGUCCACGCCUCUCGCUUCUCUGCAUCGCCAGCCACAACCCGCACAGUCCAGUCAUGGCUACAACGCCCAGGUUUCCAUGCCUGAACCCCCGGCUCAUAAUCCAUCGCGCUACGAAGGCUAUGACGUGCGAGCAGACCAGUCAGGUAGGCCAUUGAGAGCGCAGCAGUAUGAGCAGGGCUACGCUCAUCAAACCAUGCCGCCUCCCGAUCAACAACGGAGCCAGAGCUACGACGACCCUAGCCCAGGGCCACCGAGGCCACCGCAGCAGCAAAGAGCUGUCACUUCGGACGAUCAGGGUCUGUACCAUGGGCAGCAGUAUGGCGGGCAACUACCCAUGCAACGAGGCGGGCCUAUGCCAAAUUCUGUUGUGCAACGUGGUCCCAUGCCGGACGGACACACAAAUAGCGUUGCUCCUAAUGGGUAUAUGCCUCACGGACCAUCUAGGCGGGGUCCCACGCCCCUUCAAGGUCCAAUGGGUGGUAUGCCUCCAGGCUCCUUGCCAAAUGGGCAAGCUCGUCGUGGGCCGCCGCCACCUCGACCUAUGCCCCCAGGAUCCAUGCCUCCUGGACCUAUGCCCAUGAACGGUGGACCCCGAUCGCAGUCUAGAGGACCACAAUCCAGGAGACCAGUGCCUGGACAGCAAGACUUCAGAUCAGGAAUGCCAAUAGAGAACCGCCUACCUGCACAGCGUCAACCAUCAGGUGACAGAGCUCCAAGUGCGCCUGCAAUGGCCAAUGGCUUCGCGCCUNNCCCCCCUGCUAGACAAGCUGACUAUGGCUACGGGCUCGAUCCGUCAAUGGUCGAGAGGGCGCCAAACCCGCGCUUUCCUAUGGAAGACCGGUCCCCGAGUGCGCCCGCCACCCGUAAUGGCUUUGCUCCGCCAACAUCGUCUGACCGUCCCUUUGACGCUCCACUUGCUAAACAACGAUCGGCUCCACAAACGAUACCAGGUGCUCAGCAACAUGGCUACAACCAGUCUGCUAAUCCUGAUGGACCUCCCAGCCAUCCAGUUCCCGUUAGGCCUGGCCUGAACAACGGUCCUCCUGCUCCCAAACACACUCCUGUGCGCAACUAUGCCAACAACCCGCAGUUGUCAUCAAGCAGUCGCGCUCAGUCGCAACCUAAAUCUCCUACGGGUGCUGAUACCGGCAGCUCUGGUCCAGUGACGAAAGGCGAACUCGAUACAUUGCGUUCAAGAGUUGAGGCGAAUCCCAAUGAUAUGAAGACUGCAAUGGCUCUGGUCAAGAAGCUUGUCGAAGCUUCGACUGUAUUGGCAUCGGAGAAUGGCCGGUCAGAUGCAAAGUCAACUGCNAAAAAUAGUGAACGGUAUGUUCUUGACGCCCACAAACGUGUCAAAAAACUCGCUGCAGCCAACUAUCCGGAAGCAAUGUUUUACCUAGCAGACUGCUACGGAUCUGGAGACUUGGGUCUAGAACCUGACCCCAAGCAGGCAUUUUCGCUAUAUCAAGGUGCGGCCAAAGCUGGACAUGGCGCUGCAGCUUAUAGAACCGCCAUGUGUUGCGAGAUGGGAGCUGAAGANGGGGGCGGCACCAAGCGAGAUUAUCACAAAGCUGUGCAAUGGUAUCAGCGGGCCUCGCAGCUACAAGACGUGGCUGCCAUGUAUAAGAUGGGAAUGAUCCUACUCAGGGGCCUUCUUGGCCAGCAGAGAAACGUAGGGCAAUCGAUGGCGUAUCUCAAGAGAGCAGCUGACAAUGCUGAUGCCAACAAUCCUCACGCCAUCCACGAACUUGCUCGCCUUCACGAAGAGGGAAAUCCCGAUCCUGCUAUCAGUGCAGCAGUGAAGCCGGACGAGAAAUACGCACAGAAGAUGUACAUGCAAGCAGCCAAAAUGGGUUACAAGCAAUCGCAAUUCAGACUUGGCCAAGCCUUCGAGUAUGGAUCGUUGGGUCUGCCAGUCGAUUCGCGCAACUCAAUUGCAUGGUACUCCAAGGCAGCUGCUCAGGGUGAGCACAAUUCUGAACUGGCGCUCUCCGGUUGGUACCUCACGGGUGCCGAGGGGAUUCUAAACCAGUCGGACACGGAGGCAUACCUCUGGGCACGCAAAGCUGCGACAAGUGAACCUCCGCUUGCAAAGGCCAUGUAUGCUUUGGGCUACUACAUUGAGAACGGCAUUGGCUGUCCUGCUGGUCUAGAGGAAGGUAAAAGGUGGUACACCAGGGCUGCUUCGUACAAGUUCCCCAAGGCUGUUGAGAGACUUGAAGAAAUCAGGAAGGGCAAAGCAGCAAAGCCCCAGCCCAACCAGGGCCGCCUGACCAGGAGUAAUCAGAAGAGAGAUGAAGCCGAGUGCGUCGUCAUGUGA